UGUACAACAAAAUGAAUGGAUGAACGGACAUCAGGAUGUCCAAGAGAAAGAAUGGAAGGAUGACUACAAAGUUUUCCAGAAGGAUGAAGGGAUGAAUAAACCGACCAAAGAUGAGUUGAGUUUAAAAGACUCCAGUUAUGAUGAACUUAACCUGGAAGAAUCAGGGAAUCAACAAAUACAAAUUCAGGAUUUAUAUCCGGAAUUCAGAGAAACGGAUAUAUUGCUUGAUGACGGGGAGACCUUGGAGGAUCGGAUAAAUUCGGAGGAUCAGAACAAAUAUAAGAGACAUGGACUACCUCCUACUGCCGAGGAUGAUGAAGAAGAUGAAGAAAAUAUUGAAGUUGUAACUCCUGUUUAUACAUUUCAAGAGUUUAACAUUGAUGAUAUACACAACUAUACCUACCAGGGGUUUAAACAAGUACAUAAAUAUCCGCUUAUCUAGUGUACAGUACAUCUUUAUAUACGUAAAAUUGUAAUCUUUGUUAGUAGAUCCGAUCAUACCUAAAGAGCCCUUAGAACAAUUUUCCUCAAAUUUUUGGUUAAGGGAACUGGUAGUACCAUGGGAAUGUUCUUAGC